GGAGAUCUGAGGGAGUGACAGAAAAAGAAAGAGGGAGGGAAAAGAGGAGAAUAGAGGGAAAGCAGGACCAAACUCACUGCCUUCUUUUCCCCAAGCGCUCUCUCCCUCUCUUUCUCCCGGCGACUCCAGGCUGAGACCAACAGAUAGGAUGCUGUGCCUCAGAUCCCUGUCGAUGCUCGUUGCCCUGCUUCUCCUCUGCCCCUCUCUGCUGUGUGCGCAGGAGGUGCUUGUACGUCUUGCAGGUGUGGGCCGGCGCAGUGCAAAUGAAGGGCGUGUGGAGGUGUUCUACAAUGGAGCAUGGGGCACAAUUUGCGAUGAUGAGGUGGAUAUCAACCUGGCCAAUGUUUUGUGCCGACAGAUGGGCUUUCAGCGCAGCUUUACCUGGGCACACAGCGCCAAGUUUGGCCCGGGACAAGGUCUGAUCUGGUUAGACAAUGUGCGCUGCAAGGGCACAGAGCUCUCCAUUGCAGACUGUGUCUCCAAUGGUUGGGGUGUCAAUGACUGCACCCAUGCUGAGGAUCUAGGGGUCAUCUGUAGCCCAGAGAGGAGACCUGGCUUCCCUGCUGUCUCCUUGGAGGAACCCCCUUCGUCCUCCAGUCACCAGCCAAGUCAGCCAAGACAAAGGAACGCACCUCCACCACCACCCAGGUCUGUGUCCCCCCCAGCUUCACCUGCAGGCCCAGCUCAUUUGUCCUCUUCAGCUGCAAGAGGCCAUGAGAUCGCCCUCCACCGCAACCCAACGACUUCGCGUCGCAGCAGCAUCUCCCCGCAGGAAAAUGGCCACGAGAUCCAGAUCUUGCGGCGAUAUCGAGGCAGACCGAGCCAGCAGACAGGCCCAGGUUCGCCACAAGGGCACCAGCUGCCUUCGCAUCUGGCAAACGGUGCAGCCUACAGGCAGAGACAAAGACAGGAGACAACGAGGGCCGGUUCUCAAGCAGUGAGACGAGAGGCGGAGGAUCAGGUGAACAGGCAGACGCAACCUCAGUCCCAGGGGAGGAGAGAGCAUCAGCAGCCCAGGGGGAACCAUGUUGAACCAGACCCAGUUUAUCCAGACCCGGGACUGGAGACUGAUGCACACUACACACAGGGAUCUGAGCGGGUUCACCUAGAGGAGGCUCGUCUACGGCCCGUACUCUCCAGCAACCAUGGGGGUCUGGUGACUGAAGGCGUCCUGGAAGUGAGGCAUGCUGGGAAGUGGCGUCAUGUGUGCAACAAUGGAUGGGACCUGAGCAGCAGCCGUGUCGUCUGUGGCAUGUUAGGAUUCCCUGCGGCUGAAGACUUUGACCAAUACGCCUACAGGAAACUUUGGGACUCAAAGUUAGCUGAUCCUUCCUCCAGGCUGAGGACUCAGAUCAGUAAGAAGGCAUACUGGGUGGAGAAGGUGCAGUGUCGGGGGGUGGAGGCCUCCUUGUCACAGUGCCAGGCCCAGCUGUUCCUCCCCAGGAGUGAUGUCCCAUGCAAGGGCGGCAUGCACGCUGUAGUCCGCUGUGUCCCUGGAUCCCAGUUCACACGUAAUGGCAGACCACCUGCACCGCCCGCUGUGCCGCAUGUUGUGCGUCUGAAGGCUGGGCCCAGACUCGGGGAGGGCCGCGUCGAGGUGCUGAGAGAGGGCAAGUGGGGCACCGUGUGUGACCACCUGUGGGACAUGACUGCAGCCAGCGUGGUCUGCAGAGAGCUGGGUUUUGGAACAGCCAAAGAGGCCAUCACCAAGGCUCAGCUGGGACAGGGUACCGGUCCCAUUCACAUGAACAGUGUCCAGUGCAACGGCAGGGAGAGGUCCAUUACCCAGUGUCAGCACAAACCGGUACCACUUUACAGCUGCAAACACAGCCAGGAUGUAGCGGUGCGCUGCAACGUCCCAAACACUGGCAUGCAGACCACGGUGCGUCUGGCAGGAGGAAGAGAGCCUGCGGAGGGCCGUGUGGAGGUGCUGAUGGAAGUCGGGGGUGUGAAGCGUUGGGGCUCCAUCUGCAGCGAGAACUGGGGCAUCAAUGAGGCAAUGGUGGUCUGUCGACAGCUAGGCUUGGGCUUUGCCUCAAGAGCUCAUCAGGAGACCUGGUUCUGGUCUGGAUCCUCAGACGCUAGGGAAGUGGUGUUGAGUGGGACUCACUGUGUCGGAACUGAGAUGUCUAUCCAGCAGUGUCGCAGAAACACAAAUGUCUACUGUCCCAGAGGAGGAGAAGGCAGGGCUGCAGGAGUCUCAUGUGUAGAGACUGCUCCAGACCUUGUAGUGGAUGCCCAGCUCGUCCAAGAGACGGCCUACCUGGAGGACCGACCUCUCCACCUGCUGACCUGCGCCAAUGAGGAGAACUGCCUGUCCUCUUCUGCCGCCAGAAUGAACUGGCCCUACGGACACCGCCGCCUGCUUCGCUUCUCCUCCCGCAUCAUGAACUUGGGCCUUGCCGACUUUCGUCCUCGAGCCUCCAGGGAAAGUUGGACAUGGCAUCAGUGUCACAGGCACUACCACAGCAUUGAGGUGUUCACCCACUACGAUCUGCUCACCGUCAAUGGCACAAAGGUGGCUGAAGGUCACAAAGCCAGCUUCUGUUUGGAGGACACCUACUGCCCCGAUGGUAUCCAUAAACGGUAUGCUUGCUAUAACAUGGGACAACAGGGUAUCUCAGUGGGCUGCUGGGACACCUACCGCCAUGAUAUUGACUGCCAGUGGGUCGACAUUACAGAUGUACGACCGGGUGAAUACAUCUUUCAGGUGGAGGUUAACCCUUCCUUAGACAUGGCUGAGUCUGAUUUUCAGAACAACGUGAUACGCUGCCGGUGCAAGUACGACGGAGCGAGGGUUUAUAUGUUCGGGUGCCAUGCAGGUGACGCUUACAGUGCUGAGGUGGAGGAUGUGUUUGACCACCAACGUCAGAUAUCCAACAACUUCCUGUGAACCAAGGAACACCCAGAUUUAAGAACAGAACAACUGUAACAACCCCGCACCACACCUCAACUUGUCGGGCGAAGGAGGGUGAAUGACAAUAACAUGCCAGUAAACAGUGAAAUGAGGUUCAGGGAGAGGAAGAGGGAAAAGAGCGUGAUUAGGGUGGGACUUGAUGCAAUAUUGUCUAAUUAUCGUCUCGUGACUGAUUGUCAUCUGCAGUUCCUGUUGCUGUUAGAAAGUCAAAGAGGAAAACAUAGCAAGUCACACAUCAUGUCCUCGUGAUAAAACAUGAUACAGAGUGGUUUAUAACUUUGAAAAAUUGUCUUGAUUUUUUUUUUCUUUUAUUAAUUACCUAAUUGAAACCCAACAGUUAAGAAAGCAUUGACGUGAAGGUACGCGAGAACAACUUGACCAGACCAGUUUGUUUAAUAUCUAAAGAAACCUGUUCAUGUAUUCUGUGCUUUCACUGUUCACAUUACAAAAUGCCAUAUUUACUGUUAAAAAUGUGUGGGUUUCUGUUUUGAAUACUUUUUGUUUUUAUCUCACGGUGCUAUUUUGCAUUUUUGGAAUAAAUAUUGUAAUGUAUUGCAAAUGUAUUGUCAUGUACAGUUUUAUAAUACCUCUCUGGAAUAUUGUUCUUUAGGUCUCUAAUUUAUGCAGAAUUUUAAUGUACUUUUGAGUUUAAACUUGUUUGUAAUGUUAAUUUUCCUAUGAUAAGAGUUUCAACUUGUUUGUUCUUUACCUGUUUUACAUCGGUUACAGUAGAUGACAUUUGGUUGUACCAUGGUUUUGUGGUCAACAGUACUUGAUAACGGUAGUGGAAGAAUAAACAUCAGAAUGACAAACCA